AUGGAUCCUAAAAAUGUAUCUGUAGUGAAUGAGUUCAUUCUACUAGGGUUUUCUGGACCAUGGGAACUCCAGAUUUUCUUCUUUGUGACAUUUUCCUUGAUUUACAGUGCUACAGUGGUGGGAAACAUUCUCAUUAUGGUCACAGUGACAUUUAGUUCCACACUUCAUUCUCCCAUGUACUUCCUCCUUGGAAACCUCUCUUUUCUGGACAUGUGUCUCUCCACUGCCACAACACCCAAGAUGAUAACGAACUUGCUCACUGAACACAAGACCAUCUCCUUGUGGGGCUGCAUGACCCAGAUGUUCUUUAUGCACUUCUUUGGGGGCGCUGAGAUGACUCUUUUGAUAGUCAUGGCCUUCGACAGGUACAUAGCCAUAUGCAAACCCUUGCACUACAGAACUAUCAUGAGUCACAGGUUGCUGAAUAGGUUUGUGUUACUUUCAUGGAUAAUUGGUUUCAUCCACACCAUGAGCCAGAUGGUAUUAACAGUGAACUUGCCUUUCUGUGGCCACAAUAUUGUAGACAGCAUAUUUUGUGACCUUCCCCUUGUGAUCAAGCUUGCUUGUGUGGAAACAUAUUCCCUGGAGUUAUUUGUCAUUGCUGACAGUGGGCUGCUCUCUUUUAUCUGCUUCAUCCUCUUGCUUGUCUCCUACACUGUGAUCCUGGUCACCGUACAACAAAGAUCAUCUGGAGGGCUGACCAAAGCUCUCUCCACAUUGUCUGCCCACAUCAUUGUGGUCACUCUGUUCUUUGGACCUUGUAUCUUUAUCUAUGCCUGGCCAUUCAGUAAUCUUGCAAGCAAUAAAACUCUUGCUGUAUUUUACACUGUUAUCACACCCUUACUGAAUCCUAUUAUUUAUACCCUGAGAAAUCAGAAAAUGCAAGGGGCCAUGAGAAAAUUACGACUCCAACAUGUCAACUCCAUUCAGAACUUCUAG